AAAGGGCGCGGCUCAGCCCCACGGGGCAUUGCCGGCACUGGGGCACUCCGGAGUCGGUGUGGUGAGGACCCUGCGUGGAGGCUGCCUGAGCAGACGCUGCUGGCUGCCAAGAUGGACUAUGCCAAGAAGUCACUAGGCCUGCUGUCCCCGAGCUCCCUCUCCAGGUGUGUGUCGGUCAGUGCCUCCAUGACCCAGCAGCUGCUGUCCAGCCCCGUCUCCAGGCCCCGGCCCUAUCGCAUCAGCAACUGGGACCGGAGCCUCCGCAAGGGCCUGGUGGCAGAGAGCUUGAGCGACCUGCUUGAAAAGGUCCGGGCGGCGCUGCUGAUGGUGGGCACCAUCUCGCUGGUCCUGGAUGAGGAUGGCACCAGCGUGGAGACGGAGGAGUUCUUCCAGACGCUGGAGGAGGGCACCGUCUUCAUGGCCCUCAGCAAUGGGCAGACGUGGCGUGCGGCCAAGACGGCAGGAUACCAGCUGUCUCUCUCGCACAAGCCCCGCCGGAGGAUCGAUGUGGCUUGUGUGACCUUUGAUCUGUACAAGACCAACCCCCAGGACCUGGGCUGCUUGAAUGUCAAGGCCACGCUCUAUGGCACCUACAGCAUGUCCUAUGACCUGCGCUGCUAUGGGGCCAAGAGGCUCAUGAGGGAAGCCCUGCGCUGGACAGUCUUCACCAUGCAGGCCACGGGCCACGUGCUGCUGGGCACCUCCUGCUACAUGCACCAGCUGCUGGACGCUACGGAGGAGCAGAAAGAAGCGGAGGCCUCGUCCCUGCAGAGCCUCCCGCCCCUUCCUUGCAGGAAGAUGCUUCAGUGAGGACUCUGCCCCUGAGCACUGGACUCUGUUCACCCCCACACCCCCCCCACUGCUGCAUCCGCCUGGGAGCGUGAGGCAGAGAGCGGGAGUCGGAUCGGCACGGCACUGGCUGCAUGGGCCCAGCUCCCUGGGGGCUGGCUCCCUCAGCUCAGCUGGACGCCCACCACCUUCCUGUUCCUUCUGCACUUGGCCUCCCAGCUGAAUGGACUCACCUGCAACUGGUGCCAGCUGUGGACUUGCUGGGAGAGGCUUCCCCUGAAUCCACCCCCCCUUGCAUCCACAUGGCUUGUCGCUGCCCCACGGCACCCACCCUUGUCGCUGUCUGUACUGCCUGGAAAUAUAUUUAUUCACAUUAAAG